AUGCCACGUGUCGAUUCACGCCCAGCAAAGAUCGACCCAGCCAAUCCAAGCUGCAGCGCAUUCGUCUCUGCUGCCGGUGCCGCUUUUCGGCUGUCCUCCUCCAUCGCCUCCACCCCUGCUGCUGUCUGGGACGCCUCGACGGCCCUUACAGUCACAGUCUCCUCCUCCAUCGCCUCCAUCCCCGCGGCUGACUGGGACGCCUUCACAGUCUCCUCCUCCAUCGCCUCCAUCCCUGCUGCUGACUGGGACGCCUGUGCGCUGGACGCGGCGGGGGGCGCGGAGAAGCACAACCCGUUUGUGUCACACGCGUUCCUGCAGUGUUUGGAGGAGAGCAGAAGCGCGUGCCGUGAGGAGGGGUGGUUACCACAGCACCUCGUCGCGAGAGACGAUGAGGAGAGGGUAGUCGGAGUGCUGCCCCUCUAUUUAAAGGGGCACUCCUAUGGAGAGUAUGUGUUUGACCACUCGUGGGCCAACGCUUUCAUGCGGGCGGGAGGCUCGUACUACCCGAAGCUGCAGUCCUGCGUGCCCUUCACCCCCGCCACCGGACCUCGCCUGCUGGUUCGGGACGGACCUGACCGCGAGGCUGUGUUGUCAGGGCUGUGCCAGGCCAUGAAGCAAGUGGCAGACGAGUACGGGGUAUCAUCGGUGCAUGUGACGUUCCCAUGCAAGGACGACUGGCAGGUCAUGGCACGCCAUGGUUUCCUGCAGCGCAUGGGCAUGCAGUACCACUGGAGCAACCGCGGCUAUGGCAGCUUCAACGAUUUUCUUAUGGAUUUGAAGCAGUCCAAGCGCAAGACCAUUCGACAGGAGCGGAAGAAGGUAGCGGCGCAGGGCUUGAAGCUGCUGCGGUUGAGGGGCGAUGACAUUAAGGCACACCACUGGAACAGCUUCUUCCAAUUCUACUGCAACACCACCAACCGAAAGUGGGGGCAGACGUACCUCACUCGCGAGUUCUUCCAUCUGCUGGGGGAGCGCCUGGGAGAGAAGGUGCUGCUGGUGGUGGCGGAGGACGAGACAGGGCGCAUGGUGGGGGGUGCGCUGAACCUGGUGGGCGGCGAGGCCGUGUUUGGGCGCAACUGGGGGGCGCUGCCUGGCAUGCACUACCCGUUCCUGCACUUUGAAGCGUGCUACUACCAGGCAAUAGAGGCAGCCAUAGAAGCGGGGUUAGUGCGGGUGGAGGCGGGCGCGCAGGGCGAGCACAAGCUGCCGCGCGGCUAUCUGCCCACCGCCACCUACAGCGCCCACCACAUCCCCGACCCCGCCUUCCGCUCCGCCAUCGCUGGAUUUCUCGAGCGGGAGACUGUACAGGUGUGCUUAGAUAUCUCUCAAGAACUCCUAGAUGCAGCUUCUAUUCUUUACUGCCAUUGUGAGGCUAUCUGCCCACCGCCUCUUACAGAGCGCACCGCAUCCCCGAUCCUGCAUUUUGCUCUGCUAUAG